AUGAGUGACUGGUUCCUCACUCAUAACUACCAGCACAUUUUGGCUCUGGCAUUUGCUGUAAAGGAGAUCAAUGAACAUUCCCAGCUCUUGCAAAAUGUUACCCUUGGCUUCCAUGUUGCUAGUGAUAAUUUUGAGGAAAGGUCAACUUACCUUUUAGCAAUGGAAUUUCUAUCUACAAAAGACAGAUUUGUCCCUAACUACAGGUGUGAUAUCCAGAACAAUGCAGUAGCACUCAUUGGAGGACCCCGUACUAAGACCUGUCUCAACAUGGCAACCAUGCUGUACAACUACAAGUUUCCACAGGUAGCAUAUGGAUCAGCUGCAUUGAUGAAUAAUGAAGCAGAAACAGUUUUCUUCAGAUGGAUGUUUCCAGAUGAGAUCCACCAAUUUAAUGGCAUAUUACACUUACUGUUGCAUUUUGGAUGGACCUGGGUUGGGUUAGUUUACUUUGAUGAGGAAGAUAAAGAGAGAUUCAUUCGAAAUAGGCUUUCUAUGUUUUCUGAGAGAGGGAUCUGCUUUGACUUUAUAGAAUGUAUCCCCAAAAUGAUGUAUGGAAAUGAAGCUGCUGAAAUGAUUGAAGAGACAGAUAAAUUGUACAAAGCCAUCAUGCAGAGUACUGUCAGUGCUGUGAUCUUGAAUGGAGAAAUUUGGACCAUACUGACUUUGAGAUUAAUGGUCUAUCUUUUAGAUUCUGAUGAUAUUCCAAAGGAGAGAAAAGCCAAAGUUUGGAUCAUGACAGCCCAGAUGGAAUUCACCUCUAUUCUUAUGCAAAGACAAUUGCCCAUUGAUUUUCUCCAUGGUGCUCUUUCCUUUGCAAUUCACUCAAAGGAGGUGACAGGAUUCCAACAAUUUAUGUGGAAGAGAAACCCAAACUUUGAAAAAGAAGAUGGCUUUAUUAGGGAUUUCUGGAAAGACGCAUUUGAAUGCUCAUUCUCCAGUGAGAUGAUGGAUGGGAAUGCUGAAAGGAUCUGCACUGCAGAAGAGAAGAUGGAGACUCUUUCUCAAUCUGUCUUUGAAAUGAGCAUGACUGGCCACAGCUACAGUAUCUACAAUGCAGUCUAUGCUGUGGUACAUGCUCUGAGGGCCAUGCGCUCCUCCAAACUCAAAAAGGGUCGAAUAAUUGAUGGGAGAAGAUGGAAGCUGUUGCUUCAAUCACCAUGGCAGCUGCACCAUUUUUUGCAGCAGGUCUCCUUUAACAACAGUGCUGGGGAACAGAUCUCUUUUGGACCAAAGGGGGAAUUCCUAACUGGAUUUGAUGUUCUCAAUUGGGUCACAUUCCCAAACAAGUCCUUUCUGAGAGUCCAUGUGGGAAAGAUCGACCCCACAGCUCCCCCAGACAAUCUUCUCACCAUUUCUGGCAAGGAUAUCAUUUGGCCCAACAUCUUCAACCAGAUUUAG